CAUACAUUUCGAGCAUUUCAGUUAUUAACAUUCUGGUGUGGUAUCACUUAUGAAGUACGUAAUCGACAGCACAUUCAAACCGAGAAGCCAUUCGUGAUCAUUGCGAAUCAUCAAAGUUCACUUGAUGUUUUAGGUUUAACUCAUGUAUGGCCAGAAAACUGUGUUAUUUUGCUGAAGAGCAGCCUUAAAUUCAUGCCUGGCUUCAAUCUCUGUGCAUAUCUUUGCAACGCAGUUUUCAUCAACAGGUUCAGUAAGGAAAAAGCACAUAAAUCAGUGGAGCAGGCAAUUGAAGCUGUCAAAAUUUCCAAACGAAAAAUGUGGAUAUUUCCGGAAGGAACCAGAAAUCCCAGUGACACGAUGCUUCCCUUCAAGAAAGGAGCAUUCAUCAUCGCACAAGAAGCCAAAAUUCCCGUUGUUCCAAUUGUAUUUUCAUCAUAUAAACCGUUCUAUCGACGAGCGGAUUGUAAAUUCGACUAUGGCGGCCAUGUAAUCAUCGAAAUCCUUCCGGCUGUUGAUUCGCAAGCAUUUCCAGACGUAGAUAGCUUAUCGAGUGAGUGUCGAACACGGAUGGAAGAGGCCUAUAGGAAACUAAACGAUGAACUUCAUAUAACCAGCCGCGGAUGA